GAUGCAGCGUAUGCUCAAACUGCCUGCUUUCUACUAUGUGGCCGGCUCGUCUUCGCUCGCUUCGGUAGCCAUGGGCAGCGUCCUGGGCUACUCCGCACCGGCGCUGGCCAGCAUGGCGACCAGCGGCAUCCGCAUGACGCGCUCCCAGGAGACCUGGUUCGGCUCAGUGCUCGCCAUGGGCGCCGUGGUAGGCAGCCUGGUGAGCGGCUUCCUCAUCCAACGUUUCGGACGCGUGCGGCCCAUCCAGUUCUCGUCACUGUGGUUCGUGGGUGGCUGCCUUUGCAUUGCCCUGUGCAACGGCAGCCUGCCGUGGAUGUUUGCGGGCCGCGUGCUCACGGGCUUCUGCUGCGGCCUCGUCUCUCUCGCGGUUCCCGUGUUUGUGGCCGAGAUCAGCCCGCCCCACGUUCGCGGCCUCCUGGGCUCCGGCGUCCAGUUGGCGUUCACGCUGGGCGUGCUGGCCGUCUUCGUGGGCGGCAAGUGGCUCGACUGGCAGUCGCUCGCUCUGCUGUGCACCGUUUGCCCCGUGGUCAUGGCCGUCGCUAUGGCGUUCACCGUCGAGUCCCCCCGUUGGCUUGUGGCCCACGGCCGACGCGACAAAGCGCUCGGAGCUCUGAGAUUCCUGUACGGCCCAAACUUCUGCGCGGAGGCCGAGUGCCUGACCAUCGAGGCCAGCUUGCUGCAUCAGCCGGCUGCUUUCGGAGACCUGCUGCGGCGCCGCUUCUGGCUGCCGUUCGCCUAUACGCUCCUGCUGAUGUUUUUCCAGCAGUUCUGUGGAAUAAACGUUGUUACCUUCUACGCGGUCAAGAUAUUCGAGUCGUCCGGCUCGGACAUCUCGGCCGCCAACUGCACGAUUAUGCUCGGCGUCGUGCAAGUAAUCGCGUCGCUCGGAUCGUCGGUGCUCAUCGACCGCGUUGGUCGCCGCAUCUUGAUGCUUGUGUCGUCUCUAAUCGUCACGGCCAGCCUGACGGUGUUGGGCUUCUUCUACUAUUACAAGGACAUGGACAAUGGAGAAUUCCGCCAUCGGUAUUGGUACGUGCCGCUUGCGUUACUCACGAUGUAUAUUGCCGCCUUCUGCCUUGGCAUCGGCCCGGUUCCCUGGGUCGUUAUGGUGGAGAUCCUAUCACCCAGAGCCCGCAGUCUCUCCACCGGCGUCAGCACCGCCUUUUGUUUCUUCUGCGAGUUCGUUAUCACGAAGGUGUUCGAUGACCUCGUCCGCCUAUUGAACUUUUCUGGACUCUUCUGGAUGUUCGCUUUGGUCACUGUUGUGCAGAUCAUCUUCGUCUACGUGUGCAUUCCAGAGACCAAGGGAAAGUCUCUCGAAGACAUCAGUCAGAUAUUCGAGAUGGUCCCCGUGUUCGGCUCUAAUGCAACUCAGUUGCAUACAGUGCCGACUACGCGUUCUUUCGAUGGUGUCACGGAGUAGGAAAGGUGCGUGGUCUCUGUGUAUGCGCCUGGCACCUGGCAAAGUUCUGUCGUGCCCGCAUGCACUUAACCUAGCACCAUGGCUGGACCAGCUAAACCAGUACAUCGUGGCCUAAUGACGGCAUCGAGCCAAAGCCCUCCUUCCGACACGUGUGGAGUAUGUGGU